AUGUUCUACGACGGAGAUUUGCAAAGUGGAAUUGCACUUGCUGUUCGAGAAACGAAACAGGUAAUAUGUUUUGUUCGAGACGACGGAGAGGAGAGCGCAAAGUGGGAGAAUGAAUAUCUCGCCGAUAAGGAAAUUUCCCUGCUGGUAUCUUCGACCAGCAUUGCCCUUCGGCUGUCUGCUGGCUCGCAGGAAGCUGGCUUCUUAGCAUCUUUCUGUCCUGUUAAUAAAGUACCAACUCUGGUUAUUAUAAAAAAUGGCGUUCUCCAAGAAUACAUUAUCUCUGGCACCGCGGAGGGUGAAUUUAAAAGUCGUGUGAAGGCUGUGCUCUCUCUCUCUUCCCCACCCACGCCAAAGCAGCCCACUCAAACGCCUCAGACCUUACAACAGGACUCUACACCCUUGAAUAAUAUACAGGAAGCUGUACCGGACCCAGACCCCGAGGAAGAUACUGCUGCGGAGGUUGCACGACGUGAAAGUAUAAAGCAAGGGAAGAAGCCAGCUACGUCUCCUACGGCAGCAUCCCUACCUAAUAACCCGACCAAAACAACUCAGAAGUCAUGGAGAGAUCAGCAACUAAGCCGAGAGGCCCAAGAAAGGAAGGAAAGGGAGCGAGUCUUAGCUUUGAUACGGCAAGACAAAAAAGAACGGAAAAUUAAAGAUGAACAGAAUAAGGUCACUUUGCAAACUACAUCACAGACCUCUGAUCCACAUACUGAGUCCUCGAAACCUAAGCUCAAGUCAUCUGAAUAUCGGCUCCAGGUCCGUCUUUUUGACGGCAGCUCUAUUCGGUCUAGCUUUUCUCCUACGCAAACGCUCAAUCGUGAUGUCCGGGCUUGGAUAGACAGUCAUCGUACCGACGGGAACACGCCAUAUAAUUUUAAGCAGAUUUUGACGCCCCUACCUAACAAAACAAUAUCUAUAUCUGAAGAAGGGCAAAACCUCAGUGAUAUUGGCCUCGGCCCAAGUGCUAAUCUGGUCAUGGUACCUGUUCAUAAUUAUACUGACGCAUAUGCUACAUCUGAAUCGUCAUUACCUGUACGAGGUUUAUACGCUGGGUAUAACUUGGUUACCAGUGCAGUUGGGGCUGUGGCUGGUACUCUUACUACUUUUCUUGGGCUGGGAGGCAGCCAAACCACCCCACAACAGGGGGAGAAUGGCGGCCCAGGAGUUGGACACCCCGUGGCAGCAGCUGAUACAAGCGAAAAUACAUCUCGAGAUACAAGACCGUCUCGAGCUAAUAAAGUGCGAACACUGUAUGAUCACCAAUCUGAUGACGGAGAUCGUCAGUUCUACAAUGGGAAUCAGCUGAAUUUUGAGCCUCGAAAGGAUGCUGGUAAAGAAGACUAG